AAAUGGAUUCUCUCUGCAAUUCAGUUCGCGAUUCGUAUUCUCCCUUCGACGCUCUACUUUUUGAUAUGGAUGAUACUCUGUAUUCGUCGAAGGUUGGAAUUGGACAAGCAUUGAAGAAGAAUAUCGACGAUUUUCUGGUAGAAAAAUUCGGAUUCGCCCGGUCUGAAGCGUCUGCUUUGCGCAUUGAGCUCUUCAAAAAAUAUGGAAGCUCUCUCGCUGGAUUAAGAGCUCUAGGUUAUGAUAUUGAUGCAGAUGAAUAUCACAGCUUCGUCCAUGGAAGAUUGCCGUACAAUUUGAUCAAACCAGACUGUGAAUUGAAAAACCUUUUGUGCAGUAUCAAUCAACGUAAAAUAAUUUUUACAAAUUCGGAUAGAGUCCACGCCCUGAAAGUGUUAGAUCGGCUUGGGAUCAAGGAUUGUUUCGAACAGAUUAUUUGUUUCGAAACAAUGAAUCCCAAUCUAUCGCUAUCCUCUAGACCCGAUGAGAUUCCGGUAGUGUUGAAGCCAGCCAUGGAGGCCAUGCGUAUUGCUCUUGACUCCGCCCAUGUGGAUCCAAAACGAACGCUCUUUCUGGACGACAACGUGCAAAACAUUGUUGCUGGAAAUGCCGUCGGACUCCGAACAGCUCUGGUUGGCACGACGUCGAAGAACAAAGAAUGUGACUAUGCGCUGGAGAACAUUCAUGAUCUGACACCGGUAAUACCAGAAAUAUGGUUUGAAAAACAGAAUGACGACCAGAAAAUAAGUUGCACCAGAAGCAAGAUGGGCUCAUUUCUUGCACCCACUACCGUGGGUGCUUAAACCGUAGCUUGGGCGGGCCUGUAAAUAUGCAAAAUUGUGCACAUCCUUGCAUCAUCCCUCCUAAGCAAAUGUGAAUUUACCACGCCUUGAAUGAUUGUAUCAAUGAAUUGAAAUAUGUGUUUGUGCAACAAAAUGAAUCUCAAUAAUGCUUGUGUAUAAAGACGGCGUACACCUUUUGUACACAUUCUUAAUAAUAUUCUUUGUACACGCAAUCUUUAUUUGUAAAAUAGUUCAUACUCAGAUAGAUAAUAAAUGUUUAAUGCAAAUAGAAAUGUAUGAUGAUUGACAUUUCUUAUACUACCUCCGUUC